AUGGAAAGAUCGCCCCGUAAAAGGGCGCAAGGUCGGUGUUCACACUACCAACAAUUAGGAAGAGUUGAACGCGGCCCCUCAGACUCCCCGUACUCGGCGUACCGGCAAUACCGGUACCUCUGCUACCCCCCCCCCUCGGGUAGACCCAUGCGCUCGCCGAUUCCUCUGCUGUCGGACAGCGAAAGCAGUGCCGAGUGCCCUGCCCCUCCGGGCAGCCGAAUGAGCCGUAGCUCUCGCCACUCCCCGAUCGCCAUCCCCUCCGACAGGGAGGGUACCUCGGAUGUGUUGGGUUGCAAAUUAUUCCUCGUCUUGAGUUUGCUAAUACUCCCGUACUACCUCUUUCCCUCCACUUUCUUCCACUGA